UGUUACUGUCCAGAUGGUCUUUUUGGUGUUGGCUGUAAAUCUGUUUGUCACUGCCGGACUAUAGACGAGGUGUGUGACAAGUUGUUCGGAACAUGCAAAUCUGGCUGUGCAGCAGGAUGGACUGGACUCAACUGUCAGAGAAUGUGUCCAGAGGGCAAGUAUGGCCAGGACUGUGCCCAGACGUGUGGCCACUGUUACCAGAAGUCAUGUGACCCAGAGUAUGGAGAGUGUCAGAAAAACUGUGAGGAGGGGUACAGUGGCCAUUACUGUACAGAUAAAUGUCCCGAUUCACGGUACGGCCGCAACUGUGAAGGAGAGUGUGGCCAGUGUAAAGAUGGAGAGCCCUGUAAUAAGAAGACUGGAAUCUGUUUUAGAGGCUGCAGUAAUGGCUACAUAGGAUACAAGUGUGAUGAAAAAUGUCCUUGGGGGAUGUAUGGCAAGAACUGCAAAGUAAACUGUGGCUACUGCAAGACUGGCACCACGUGUGACCCUGUGACCGGCCGGUGUCUCAGUGGAUGUCAAGCUGGAAAAAUGGGAGACAACUGUACCACUGACUGUGAAGAUGGAAUGUAUGGAGAAAACUGUUCAUUUGCUUGUGGAAGUUGCAAGUUUGGGAAGCCAUGUCUUGCAAAAACCGGCCAGUGUAUGGACGGCUGUAGUGAUGGGUUCCUCGGGUACAGGUGUGCUGAAGGAAUCGUGGCACUAGAGGAAGGGAAGAUAACUGGUGGGAUCAUCGCUGCUGUUGUCAUCUUCCUUAUCAUCGCCAUCAUCAUCGUUGUGGUGUUUGUGGUCUACAGACGGAGACGCCACAAGCGUAUGGACGUGAGCAACCCCCUGCCCCUGGACCCGAGGGAUACAGAGAAUAACGGACACAGUGAGAGUGCCCGCUUGUUGAGUGACUCACGGGUCGGAGAUGCUACAAGGCUGGAUCAAGAUGAAAAUGGAGGAGGCGAAGAGAUCAAUGAGCCGAUAUAUGUCAACAUUAACAGCAAGAAACAGACAAGCCCCGUGAAACUGGUGGACCUUGCAGAUUACAUCAAGAAACACAGGGAGAAUAACUGUCUCGGGUUUAAACAGGAGUUUGAGGAACUCCCCAUGGGUCUGCUAGCUCUGUGUGAGGUGGCCCGACGUGCUGAUAACAAGGCCAAGAAUAGAUACGGAAACAUCGUAGCAUAUGAUCAUUCCAGAGUUACUUUAGACCCCAUGGCCAAUGAAGCCAACUCGGAUUACGUCAACGCAAACUUCAUGGAUGGCUACAGCAAACAGCAUCAGUACAUUGCAUCUCAAGGACCAAACAAAGCCAUGAUUCGGGACUUCUGGCGGAUGGUGUGGCAGCAGAGAGUGUGCAAGGUGGUCAUGUUGACCAACCUAGUAGAGGCUUGUAAGAAAAAAUGUGAGCAGUACUGGCCGGAGGAGGGCGGCAUCAAGUACGGGGAGGUGACCGUCAGGAUAGUGGACACUGCCAAGUACACAGACUACACCAUCAGAACGUUUGAAAUAUCACAGCUGGAGAUCAGCCGUAUUGUGAAACAGUUUCACUUCACGACAUGGUCAGACCACGGCGCACCCACCUACCCCACAACCCUCCUGGCCUUCAGACGGAAGGUCCAGAUGUACAACCCGGAGUCCUCCGCUCCCAUCCUCUGUCAUUGCAGUGCUGGGAUUGGCCGUACUGGGACCUACAUAGCCCUUGACUACCUGUUGGAACAGGCCCAGUCAGAGGACCAAGUGGACGUCCUGUGUAUAGCCCAGCUGAUGAGGACCAACCGUGUCAACAUGAUCCAGACAUGGGAACAAUAUGCAUUUGUGUAUGAUGCUGUGCUUGAGGCCGUCAAAUCAGGGGAGACAACUAUUGCGAAGUCUGCAUUCCGCUCUACAUACCAAAAUAUGCUGAGUUCAGCUACAGAGGGGGAGCCCAAUAAACUAGAGGAACAGUACCAGGUGCUACAGACCCUGUCCCCCACAGUGGAAAGAAGUGAGUGCUCUGCAGCCUACGCCGAGGAGAACAUGAACAAGAACCGAUUCAAGAACAUAUUGCCAGCCAAUCGGUGUCGCCCUUUCCUGUACACGCCUGUUGACAACUGUACUGACUACAUCAAUGCUGUGUUCCUCCCUGGAUGCACACAGAAGGACCGCUUCAUCGUCACUCAGAUGCCGCUGCCCAACACUGUGGCCGACUUCUGGCGCAUGUUGUACGACUAUACCUCUGAUACCAUCAUCAUGCUCAAUGAGUUUGAUAGGAACGACAAGUCGUGUGCCUUGUACUGGCCGGAGGAAUAUGGCUAUACAGAAGAGUAUGGCCCCCUCAACGUGGAGCUGCUGUCAUCCUCUGAAGCUGACCCUGACGUCACCAUCCGCAUCUUCAAACUCAGCCAUCUUGUCAAGUGCCAGCCAGGGUGUUCGCCAGGUAACUUUGGGUGGAAAUGUAAGUUCCGAUGUGCGUGUCGACGAGGGCCAUGUCACAAAGAGACCGGGUUUUGCGAGUCUGGCUGUCAGGAAGGGAAAUACGGUGUUGGCUGCCAGCUCUUAAAUGAGUGCUUGUACGACAGUCAAGGUGUGAACUACACGGGAACACUCAGUGUUGGUGACGAAGGAAAGACGUGCAUAAGUUGGUCGCAUCCUUUUAUACAACGGGAAGGAUAUACGCUGGACAGAUUUCCCCCUGGCGACAGUCCCGAGAACUACUGUCGGAAUCCUAAAAACAACUAUGGAAAUUACGGAGUCAAGCCAUGGUGUUUCUUCUCAACCACUUUGAAAAAGAAUUUUGUGACAUGUGGAAAGUUGAAGACAUGUUCCUGUCCAGAUGGUCUGUUUGGUGUUGGCUGUAAAUCUGUUUGUCACUGCCGGACUAUAGACGAGGUGUGUGACAAGUUGUUCGGAACAUGCAAAUCUGGCUGUGCAGCAGGAUGGACUGGACUCAACUGUCAGAGAAUGUGUCCAGAGGGCAAGUAUGGCCAGGACUGUGCCCAGACGUGCAGCCACUGUUACCAGAAGUCAUGUUGA